CCGCCGCCGCCGCCCCCCGCAGCGCCUCUCCCGCCUCUCUACGGCGCGGGUCGCGGGAGCUGCAUCGCCCACUCUGCUUGCUGUAGAGUCGACAGUCCGGGAUCACCGAGCCAGCGACGCGACAGACCGAACCCCUCGUCGUCACCUCCAGUCCGGGCGACCCCUCCCCGGUCAGCCCUCGCCUUGCUGGCCGCCGGAGUCGCCCCCCUUCCCCAGCUCCGACCUCCCCGCGGCCUUACUCCCGCACUCCCGUCUCCGUUACUCCCACAGCCGCCGCCCCCCACCCGGAACAUGGACUCCGACUCCUGCGCCGCCGCCUUCCACCCUGAGGAAUAUUCGCCCGGCUGCAAGAGGCGCAGGACUGUGGAGGACUUCAACAAGUUCUGCACCUUUGUCUUGGCCUAUGCUGGUUACAUCCCCUAUCCGAAGGAGGAGUUUCCUCUGAGAAGCAGCCCCAGCCCGGCCAAUAGCACAGCUGGCACAAUUGACAGUGAUGGCUGGGACACUGGCUUCUCUGAUAUUGCAUCCUCUGUGCCCUUGCCUGUGUCCGACCGCUGCUUCAGCCACCUGCAGCCCACCCUCUUGCAGCGAGCCAAGCCCAGUAACUUUCUGCUGGACAGAAAGAAGACGGACAAGCUGAAGAAGAAGAAGAAGAGGAAGCGAAGGGACAGCGAUGUGCCUGUGAAGGAGGGAUACAGGGAGGGCUUGUUGAAGCUGGAAACUGCUGAUCCCUACGGGGAGACCCCCACAAGUCCCACCCUGCAAGAUAGCCCCCAGGCUCCUGGUGAUCCCUGCUCCGGCUGGGAUUCUGACACUCCCUCAAGUGGGUCUUGUGCCGCUGUGUCACCUGAUCAGGUCAAAGAAAUAAAAACUGAAGGAAAACGGACUAUUGUCCGGCAGGGAAAGCAGGUGGUGUUCCGAGAUGAGGACAGCACUGGCAACGAUGAGGACAUCAUGGUGGACUCAGAUGAUGAUUCUUGGGACCUUGUCACCUGCUUCUGCAUGAAGCCGUUUGCUGGCCGCCCCAUGAUAGAGUGUAACGAGUGCCACACUUGGAUCCACCUGUCCUGUGCCAAGAUCCGGAAAUCGAAUGUUCCAGAAGUGUUUGUCUGCCAAAAGUGCCGGGACUCCAAGUUUGAUAUCCGUCGUUCCAACCGUUCCCGAAUGGGGUCCCGGAAGCUGUUUCUGGACUGACUGCGAGCUAGCGAGGACACAACAGGCGAGGGACUGGAAGGGAUGGGGGCUCUGGCCCUCCUUAGUUGAGCACAGAACUCCCAGCUCUGGUGCAGGCUGAGCCUGCUAUUCAGGUGCCUAAGCAAAAGGACAGGCUGUCCAAGGUCGAGACUGUUCCCAGGCAGCGAGUGAAUAAAACCUUGUUGGCCAAAGUGCUGCCAGAGCUGUGUUCUCCGCAGCAGAGGUGGACAGAGUCAUCCGCUUCUUUCUGAGGUUGCUUUGGCUGAGAGUGAGGGCACAUAGUCCUUGUGACAUUUCACUUUCAUUAACCAGUUCUCACCACUGGGAGCCAGUGCUAGCUGUUCAUCCUGCUCCCAUGGUGAACAGCCAUACAUGUGAGUCUUCAUUGUUAGUCUCUCAUCAGUGUGUCUACCCGUCCAAGUUGCCCUGUCCACUGUGGUACACAUUUGACUUGCCUCAGUUAUACCUGCUGGGCUCGGGAACUGUUGUAGGAGCCCUGUGGUGGUGGUGAGAGGAACCUUGGGUGGUGGGUGAGCUGAUACUGGUUUCCCCAUUAAAAGGGACAGUACUUGGCCACUUCUGUGGGAAGAGGGUUGGUUGGGGGUGCAGGUGGCCUAUGUUCAUGACUCAGUUUCCUGUUUUGCACGAUAUAAAAAUCUAACUUCUCAAGAUACAGCCAAAAGUAUUGGUCAGGUUCUGGUGAAGCCCUUCUCUCUGGUUGGUAUAUGUCAGGCUGCUUUGCAGCGUGGGAGCACUGGGUUCUCUUGUCUUUUCUUCACCUGUCCCAGUAGCAACCUAGGUGAGGUGGUGCUUGGGACAUGUGCUCUGUUCUUUAGAAUAAUGGGGUAAGAAUAGGGGGAGGGGUCUCUCCUACAGUGUCCUCCAUUCAGGCUGGUCAGAUUCCCCAGGACUUGGAAUCCUUUUUGUUUGGAUUGGUGAGUGGUGUGGUAACACUGGCAUGAAUAAAGACGCUGGUCUAGGGACCCCAAUGAAGGCCAGCUCUGAAGCCAGGGAGUUUGCACAGGAACCCCUGCAUCUUGGGGCUCGGAGGAAGACCAGAAGGCUUUGUUUGGCUCGCUCUGAAAGUGUUAAUGCUCUUCAGCAGUUCCAGUUUGGCAAAGUGAUGGGUAUGUUCAUAGUUAUUGUUUGUUAGGCAUGGAAAGGGAAAAACGCUCAAGUUGGUCAUCAUACUUAAUUUGCAUGUUAUUAGUGGCAGAUAGGCUGCAGUCUCCCCGCUCGGGGCUACCCCUUCCUGUGGCACCUUUGCUGGGCCACCAGACAUUCUUACAUAUAAAACACCAAGGGGCUUGGACUGUAGUUUGGCUAAUCAGAGCCCUUUUAAUUUUAUUUCUGGUCCUGGUAUCUUUCAAACUUGUCCAGUUAACUGUCUUUAGUUUUUAAAAGUCCCGUUGCUUCUAUUAAAGUACAAAAGUACAGCUAAAUAGUUUUGAAACUCAAUUUUUUUUUGUGAAGAUCUUGAGGGAGGAUUCUACUAUAAAAACCCUAGGCUGUUGUCUGGCUGUGACUGGGGCAAACGUUCAGGGCAAGUUGGGGAGAAAUUUGCCAAAGAUCUGCCCCAUGACAAUAUUUGUCCAGUGUCUUCGCCACGAGACCAAAGCUCCAAAGUGUGUUUCCUUUUUAUUACCAGCUCCAUAGGUGUUAUAACUGCACCCAGGAAUGGGUGUGCUUUAGUGGAACUGCCAUCUCUGCUCUGUACUUGAUACUCAUCUCAGUUUUGUUUGCUUGAUUUUCUUUCUGUUUGAGCAGAUCUAUCCCAGUGGAUUGGUUGGGGGUAGAUAGAGUUGGGCAGCAGCAAUCAGCUUCUUAUGCAACUGAGGCAUGACCCAUCCACGGGCUCCUGGUUGGUGGCUAAUGAAUCGAGGAGGGAAAGGUGUCACCCCCAAAGUAGAUCCCUCCCUUGGCUUUGGCAGGCCAGACACUCAACAUCGUUUACUGUGGUUCUGUUUGACACAAAAGUUGAUGUGUAUAAAGCCAGCCGUUUCUGUGAAACUGUAUAUUCUGUAAAUAAAGAUGUUGCUACUUUGA